CAUGCAAGCUGAAGAAUGUCUAAUGCUCAGCACCCCACCUGCUUUAACGUGUCCAUUCAUCACCAUUCUCACUUCCCUUAUAAAUUACCAGUUCUCAUUGAGGUUCUCCUCAUCACAAACAACAGUCCUCCAAUAUCUGUCAUCAUGGCUAAGCUUCUUGCACUCUCUCUUUCACUUUGUUUUCUACUUUUCAGUGGCUGUUUUGCUAUUAGAGAGCAUCAGCCUCAUCAAAAGCAGCAGCCUCAACAAAAUGAGUGUCAGCUAGAGCAGCUGAAUGCACUCGAACCUGAUAACCGCAUAGAGUCUGAAGGUGGCAUUAUUGAGACUUGGAAUCCAAACAACAGGCAAUUCAGAUGUGCUGGUGUGGCCCUCUCUCGUUGUACCCUUCAACGCAAUUCUCUCCGCAGACCAUUCUACUCCAAUGCUCCUCAAGAAAUUUUCAUCCAACAAGGUAGUGGAUAUUUUGGCAUGGUAUUCCCGGGUUGUCCUGAGACCUUUGAGGAGCCACAGGAAUCUGAACAAAGAGAGAGUCGCAGGAUCAGGGAAUCUGUACAAGGAGAGAGUCGCAGGAUCAGGGAAUCUGAACAAGGAGAAGGACGCAGGUUCAGAGACAGUCACCAAAAGGUUAACCGCUUCAGAGAGGGUGAUCUCAUUGCAGUUCCUACCGGUACUGUAUUUUGGAUGUACAAUGACCAGGACACUCCAGUCAUUGCCGUUUCUCUUAUUGACACUGGCAGCUUCCAAAAUCAACUUGAUGAGAUGCCUAGGAGAUUCUAUCUUGCUGGGAACCAAGAGCAAGAGUUUUUACAAUAUCAGCAACAACAAGUGAGAGGAAGGGGAGAACAAAGGAGAGGAAGGGAACAACAAGAAAAUGAAGGAGGCAACAUUUUCAGUGGCUUCAAGAGGGAUUUCUUGGAAGAUGCAUUGAACGUGAAUAGGCAUAUAGUUGACAGACUUCAAGGCAGGAAUGAAGAUGAGGAGAAGGGAGCCAUUGUCAAAGUGAGAGGUGGCCUCAGCUUUGUUACCCCACCAGAGAGGCAAUCACGUCACCAAGGAGGCAGCAUAAUAGAGGAAGAUGAAGAUGAAGAGGACGAGUGGAGGAGGCCACAUCAUCAGAAAAGCAGAAGAGGGGAAGAGGAAGAGCGCCCCUGCCGCCGAGGCCAAAAAUGUGAAAGAAGCAACGGUCUUGAGGAAACAAUUUGCACCGCUAGACUUCGCCAGAACAUUGGCUCAUCUUCAUCACCUGACAUCUACAACCCUGAAGCUGGUAGAAUCAAAACUGUCACCAGCUUUGACCUCCCAGCUCUAAGGUGGCUCAGACUCAGUGCUGAACAUGGAACUCUCCACAGGAAUGCUAUGUUCGUGCCACACUACAAUCUGAAUGCAAACAGCGCAAUAUACGCAUUGAGGGGACGUGCACGGUUACAAGUAGUGAACUGCAAUGGCAACACUGUGUUUGAUGGCGAACUUGAAGCCGGUCGCGUGUUGAUAGUACCACAAAAUUUUGCUGUAGCUGCAAAAUCAAUGAGCGACAGGUUCCAGUAUGUGUCAUUCAAGACCAAUGAUAAUGCUGCCAUUGCUAGGCUUGCAGGGACACAAUCCACUCUAAGUGGUGUGCCAAUGGAUGUGCUUGCAGCUACAUACAACAUGGACAGGAAUGAGGCAAGGCAGCUCAAGAACAACAAUCUCUAUAAAUUUCUAGUUCCACCCCGUGAGUCCGAACGCAGAGCUGCAGCUUAAAUUUGACACCAAUCAAUAAUAAUGAUAAUAAUAAUAAUGAAAAUUAUGAAUAAGAGAACUAAGGCUUAGAUGCCUUUACUCGAGUCAUGUACCUUUUGCGGAAACAGAAUAAACAAAAAGCGAAAUUUCAAAUGGUUUAUGAUUUUCUGUCAAA